GCUGCAAGCACUCCGAUGCUGUCCGUGCUUCAACUUCGGUCGGGCGCGGUGGAAGGAAAGCGCCAAACGCUUGCGAAGGAUUUGCUGCGGUGGGCACAGGACGCAGGCGUCUCGCAAAUCCUGAUCCUGUCACCAUGCUCCGCACAUGUAAAGCGUGAUGCCGACCUGCGAGCUACCUCGCAACUGCGGGAGGUGGCCUCCCCAUCCUCGGACCUCCCCGGCCAGCUGCUACCACUGGGGCACGAGAUGAGUGAGCUGGAGUUGGGCGGCAUGCCCGGCAGCGCAGCUGCAGCCCGUGCGCUUCUGCGAGGUAGCGGACUUGGUCGGCCGCUCCUGGAGGCAGCAGCCGAGCCGCACUCGCCCAGCUUCAGCCCGCCAAGUCGCGUGGCCCCGAGUGUUUGCUGCAUAUGUGGCUUCACCAAUGAAACCCUGGACUGGCGGCUCCCGGAAGAGAUGGUGCAGGCAGCAUGCACCUACCUGAGCCUACGCCUGGGGGCGGACUUGUCUCGGCCGCUGACGCUUCCACCUUCCUGGCAGCUUGCGCAGAAGGCGCAGAUGUUGCCACCCCUGGAGAAUCUGCAGCUAUGGUAA